AAUUUCUAAACAUAAGCAAUUGCUUAGACAAUUGGUUUAGUGUCUGUAUAUGGGCAAUACUCUGUCCUGCAGUGGGCAGCAUGUCAGCUGAAACACCAGUCACACUGAAUAUUGACCCCCAGGAUCUGCAGGUCCAAACAUUCACUGUAGAGAAGCUGCUGGAGCCUCUCAUAAUCCAGGUGACUACACUUGUAAAUUGUCCCCAGAAUCCUUCUAACAGGAAGAAAGGAUGUUCCAAAAGAGCCAGAGUUCUUCUAGCUUCUGUGGAGGAAGCAACCUGGAAUUUAUUAGACAAGGGAGAGAAGAUCGCCCAGGAAGCCACUGUUCUAAAGGAAGAGCUGACUGCCACGCUGGAGCAAGUUCGCAAAGAAAGCGAAGCUCUGAAAGUAUCAGCGGAGAGAUUUGCAGAUGACCCCUGCUACCUCCCCAAAAGGGAGGCUGUGGUUCAAGCUGCCCGUGCCCUGCUGGCUGCCGUUACCAGACUCCUCAUCCUGGCAGACAUGAUUGAUGUCAUGUGUCUGCUGCAGCACGUGUCAGCUUUUCAAAGGACAUUUGAAUCUCUUAAGAAUGUUUCCAACAAAUCUGACCUCCAGAAAACCUAUCAGAAGCUUGGGAAGGAGCUGGAAAAUUUGGAUUAUUUAGCCUUCAAACGUCAGCAGGACUUAAAGUCUCCAAAUCAGAGGGAUGAAAUAGCCGGCGCCCGGGCCUCAUUGAAGGAGAACUCCCCGCUCUUGCAUUCAAUUUGUUCAGCUUGUUUGGAACAUUCUGAUGUUGCUUCCCUCAAAGCCAGCAAGGACACAGUUUGCGAAGAAAUUCAGAAUGCGCUCAACGUAAUAUCGAAUGCUUCACAAGGCAUCCAGAAUGUGCUGGCCCCUCUGGAACCUCAGGCAGCAACCCUGGGAAGUGCCCUUGAUGAGCUUGAGAAUUUAAUUGUCUUGGAUCCACUGACAGUGACUGAGGAGGAAAUAAGACCAUCCCUAGAGCAACGCCUUGAAGCCAUCAUCAGCGGGGCUGCUCUGUUGGCCGACUCUUCCUGCACCAGGGAUUUCCAUCGGGAGCGGAUCAUCGCAGAAUGCAACGCCAUUCGCCAGGCUCUGCAGGACCUGCUUUCCGAGUACAUGAACAACACCGGAAAAAAGGAAAGGAGUAAUACCCUAAAUAUUGCAAUAGACAACAUGUGCAAGAAGACAAGAGACCUUCGAAGACAGCUCCGUAAGGCUAUUAUAGAUCAUGUGUCAGACUCCUUUCUGGAUACGACAGUCCCACUUUUGGUUCUCAUCGAAGCUGCCAAGAAUGGUCGAGAAAAGGAAAUAAAAGAAUAUGCUGCGAUAUUUCGUGAACACACCAACAGGCUUGUAGAAGUGGCAAAUCUUGCUUGUUCCAUGUCAACAAAUGAAGAUGGAAUUAAAAUUGUCAAAAUUGCAGCCAACCACUUGGAAACUUUGUGUCCACAGGUUAUUAAUGCUGCACUUGCUUUGGCUGCAAGACCCAAAAGUCAAGUGGUCAAAAAAACCAUGGAAAUGUACAAGAGCACAUGGGAGAAUCAUAUACAUGUCCUCACAGAAGCUGUGGAUGACAUUACAAGCAUUGAUGACUUCCUUGCUGUAUCUGAGAGCCACAUCUUAGAAGAUGUCAACAAAUGUAUCAUAGCCCUGAGAGACCAGGAUGCUGAUAAUUUAGACCGAGCUGCCGGUGCUAUCAGAGGACGGGCAGCAAGAGUGGCUCACAUCGUCACCGGUGAAAUGGACAGUUAUGAGCCAGGCGCUUACACUGAAGGUGUGAUGAGAAACGUUAACUUCCUUACAAGUACUGCAAUUCCUGAGUUUGUGACACAAGUGAAUGUCGCCUUGGAAGCCCUAAAUAAGAAUUCUUUGGAUGUGUUUGAUGACAAUCAAUUUGUGGACAUCUCAAAGAAGAUCUAUGAUACAAUUCAUGAUAUCAUGAUGAUUCGGACCCCAGAGGAACUAGAGGAUGUCUCUGACCUGGAAGAGGAUCAUGAGGUCCGCAGCCACACCAGCCUUCAGACCGAAGGAAAAACUGACCGGGCUAAGAUGACUCAGCUGCCCGAGGCAGAGAAGGAAAAGAUUGCUGAGCAAGUUGCUGAUUUCAAGAAAGUAAAGAGUAAGCUGGAUGCUGAGAUUGAAAUAUGGGAUGAUACAAGCAAUGAUAUUAUUGUUCUGGCCAAGAAGAUGUGUAUGAUCAUGAUGGAGAUGACAGACUUCACCAGGGGCAAAGGACCACUAAAGCACACGACUGAUGUGAUCUAUGCAGCUAAAAUGAUAUCAGAAUCAGGAUCAAGGAUGGAUGUCCUUGCUCGACAGAUUGCCAACCAGUGUCCAGAUCCGUCAUGCAAACAGGACUUGCUGGCUUACCUGGAACAGAUUAAAUUCUACUCUCACCAACUGAAAAUCUGCAGCCAAGUUAAAGCUGAGAUCCAGAGCCUGGGGGGAGAGCUCAUCAUGUCAGCUUUGGACAGCGUCACCUCCCUAAUCCAAGCAGCCAAAAAUCUAAUGAAUGCUGUCGUGCAAACAGUGAAAAUGUCUUACAUUGCCUCAACCAAGAUCAUCCGAAUUCAGAGUCCUACUGGGCCCCGGCACCCAGUUGUGAUGUGGAGAAUGAAGGCUCCGGCAAAGAAGCCCUUGAUUAAAAGAGAGAAGCCAGAAGAAACUUGUGCAGCGAUCAGACGAGGCUCCGCAAAGAAAAAAAUCCACCCAGUGCAGGUCAUGAGUGAAUUUAGAGGAAGACAGGUCUACUGAAACCACUAUUUUACUCUAUGUCUAUAUUAAAAAGUCCUGGCUAAACACACUGCUUUAAUUUUACACUUGAUUCAUACUGUAAAUUCACUGUCUUUUAGAGUUUAAGCCACAAGUAAUAUAAAACAUUGAAGGUGGAACCAACAUGAGCACCCUAUAUUUAGGGCCAUGUUAUCUCUGUAUGCCUAAUACGUAAUCAAUAUACGUUUGUUGAAUGAAUGAAAACUUCAGGUGCCAUUCAGCUUUUCCCAUCACAGAGAAUAUCUUACAUUCACUACCAAAUGAACAUAGGAGAUUCCAAUGAGUCUUAUUCAUUGGUAAUA